CGGGCACCGGGCCACACCGGUGACUGCCGGCUCGUGUUUGAGGUGCUGGGCUGGCUCUCCCGGAGGCUCUGGGGGGUCUCGAGACGAGGUCCGUGAGGAAGAGACUCGCUUCGUACCGCGCCUGCGCACCCGGCGGGACGGAGAGCCCGUGGCCCCGCCUCCCCCGUGCCUCAGUUUCCCUUGCCCGUCCGCAAGCAGACCGUGGGGCCCCGCCGCACCCACGUGCUGUGCGCGCCUGCUCUCAGCGGCACCCUGUUCCUUUGUCUGGCGGGGAAACUGAGGCCCAGGCGAGCUGCGCGAGGCCGUGGGCGGGGUCCGGCGCUGCCGGGGUCGCCCCCCCACUGUGUCUCGCCCCAGCCGCAGGUUCCAAUGGCGGCGACGGAGGCGCUGACCGAUGCGGCCCGGGGCCUCAUGACGUUCGAGGAUGUGGCUGUGUACUUCACCAGGGAAGAGUGGAUGCUUCUGAACACAGCCCAGAGAGACCUGUACUGCCAUGUGAUGCUGGAGAACUUCACCCUUGUGGACUCCAUAGGACUCUCUGCCUCCAGACCUCGGGUGAUUAUCCAGCUCCAACGCGGUGAGGAGCCCUGGGUUCCCAGUAGGACAAACACAACCCUGGACAGAUCCACAGGCAUCCACAGGAGGCCCAGCCUUGGACCCCGUUGCUGUGCAAGCGACAUGCAUAUUUGUGGAGAAACCGCACUGCCAAAGUCCACCUCCAGUAGCCCUGAUGGGACACCUGCUAGUUUCCUCCCUACUGCUAGUGCCUGUCCUGUUGCAAAAAGCCUGGAGGGACAUCAGGGUGCUUCCCCUUCUUGUGAGAGAAAACCCACAGGGGUGUCAGUGAUAUACUGGGAGCAGCUCCUGCUAGGUUCCAGCAGCAGCGAAGCAAGCAUCAGCUUGCGAUUGACUUCCCCAGUGAGGGUUCCCGAGGAUGGCUCAUCCCAGGCGAAGGUCUUCACAGAUCAUCUGGCAUCAGGGAAGCCGACGCGGGCAGCAGAGAGGCAGAAGCCGGGUGUGCAGCAAGCCCCAGGGAGAGCCUUACAGCGCAUGUCGGAGCUCCUUGAAGCUGAAGAAGAUGGAGUGAGUGGGGCUUGGCACGGGUCUCAGAGACUUCCUGGCACCCGGGAGCCUGCGUCGUGGGAUGAGCUUGGUGAGGCUCUCCCAGCUGACCCCGGUCUCCUCUCCGGGGAGAAGACUUUCGAGUGCAGGGCGUGCAACAAAGUGUUUGUGAAAAGCUCGGACCUCCUGAAGCAUCUGCGCACGCACACCGGGGAGCGGCCUUACGAAUGCCCGCAGUGCGGCAAGGCCUUCAGCCAGACCUCGCACCUGACGCAGCACCAGCGCAUCCACAGCGGCGAGACCCCCUACGCGUGCACCGUGUGCGCCAAGGCCUUCCGGCACAGCUCCUCUCUGGUGCGCCACCAGCGCAUCCACACGGCCGAGAAGUCCUUCCACUGCAGCGAGUGCGGCAAGUCCUUCAGCCACGGCUCCAACCUCAGCCAGCACCGCAAGAUCCACGCGGGCGGGCGGCCCUACGCCUGCGCGCAGUGCGGCCGCCGCUUCUGCCGCAAUUCUCACCUGAUCCAGCACGAGCGCACGCACACGGGCGAGAAGCCCUACGCGUGCGCGCUCUGCGGCGCCGCCUUCAGCCAGGGCUCGUCGCUCUUCAAGCACCAGCGAGUGCACACCGGAGAGAAGCCCUUCUCCUGCCCGCAGUGCGGCCGCGCCUUCAGCCACAGCUCCAACCUCACGCAGCAUCAGCUGCUGCACACCGGAGAGCGGCCGUACCGCUGCGGGGACUGCGGCAAGGCCUUUGCCAAGGGCGCGGUGCUGCUGAGCCACCAGCGCAUCCACACGGGUGAGAAGCCCUUCGUGUGCACGCAAUGCGGCCGCGCCUUCCGCGAACGCCCGGCGCUCUUCCAUCACCAGAGGAUGCACACCGGGGAGAGGGCCCUGCGGCGGCCCAGGGGCGGCCUCCGUGGCCAGGCCAGGCCUCCGCGGGCAGCAUUGGAAAGCGUGUCUUCUAAGGCCUCUUCCACCGCAGGUCCAGCCCCGGUACUGAAGCCAUCUGAGGCCUGAGGUCACAGCUCUGCCCUGUCCCAGCCACCUUUCGGUGUGAAAGGACCCGUAUCCGGUGCAAAUCCACAGUGAGAAACAGCCCUGAGUGAGAGCCAGGCAGGAGGAAGACCCUUGGCUGCUGUUCCGUUUGCCUGGGUAUGGUGGUACCUGCUUUUAACGCCAGCACCUGGUAGGCUGAGGUAGGAGGAUCGUGUUAAAUUCAAGGCCAGCCUGGGCUACAGUGAGACCUUGUCUCAGCCCUAGCUCACCUCAGUCUGGAAAGAGAGGCCACAUUGCGGAUCUGCAGAGGCAUCGGGGGAUUGGUGAUGGAGCGGUGCUGCAGGCAGAGGCAGUGGGCAGGCGGCCGACUUGUCUGCGAGCUGGUGCCACUUCCCGUUUCCCAUGACUGGAUCUGAAGGGGAGGAGGGGAAGCACGUGACAGGGUGGGGACUGCCCAGAAGAAUCUGCCUGCCCACGACUGGCAGCAGAGGAUACCUUUCAUUCAGAUUCCUAAUGCAGCCCUUGGGCAAAUAAAUGGUUUGUUUCUGA